AUGGACGCAACCUUCCUAUUCAUAGACUUCAUUUACGUAGUAGCCGACUUGGAUAUCACAGAAGCUGGCUUCUCCCUAAUGGCCUCAAACCCUUUCCUUCGCUACACUGCAACGCUCUACAUUUCCAAUGACUUCUGCCUCAACUAUUCCCUCAUGGAUGAGCCUCACAGUGCCAGCAUUUCCCUUCCAUCCCUUCGUGAUGCCAUCACGGUUGACGGUGCGGCCCAGUUUGACACAGUGGCUAUCAAUCUUGAAGACCUCGAUCAAUUGACCCUUACAUUCGAGACAUUAACACCUUCAGGGCAUGAGCCUUACUUGCGUCAAAAUUUGCGGCUAUAUUCACCUUCCGAACGGGAGGAUUUCGGUAUACCUAUAACGACAAAAUAUUUCAUCGUUAAAUGCGAUUGGUUUAGACACAUCCUAUCAGAACUACCGGUCUUCAACGACGAUGUAGUUUGUGUUACUCCAAUGGCUUCACAAGUCAUAUUCUCGGUUGUAUCUAAAGAGAUUAUUCUUACUGAAGAGGAUGAACAAUGUAUAAUUAUGGGUUAUGAAGAAUGUGUUGAUACUCAAUUCCAAAUUGUUCUUCAGCCAAGGAUGUUUUUCCAUAAUUUGUCAUUUGAAACGAGUGCACAUGUAUGGUUUCUUAGGACAAUAAAUUCUGGUAGCGCAAUGCUUUUCCCAGUUGUUAGUUCAUAUGUUCAAUAUUUCAUCCGUUUUCCUCCGACAUGA